AUGUCGCGGAACAGCAGCGAGAGAGAAGCCGGCAACAGCAGCACUUUCCAGAGCCCCAUUGCCUGCGAGAGUUGUCGCCAGAGGAAGCGAAGAUGUGACCGAAAGCUGCCCUUUUGCCUCCAAUGCAGCCACGAGCCCGGCAGAUGUCAGUAUCCCGAACAGAGCAAGAGAGGAAUUCCCAAUGGGUACCUAAACAAGCUCGAGACUCGCCUGGCCGAGACUGAGGCUGCUCUGAUCGGGGUGCUCUCCGGCACAAUGGACAGUCAAACAUACGAUGCUGCAUCGUCACCGGCAUUGCUGUCGCAGGCAGCGUGGACUCCCAGACAGAACAAGGUCGAUCGCGUCAAAGAAUGGGAGAGUCUCCCGUUGCAGACCCCGACCGACAUCCAGGUCUGGUUCCGGUCUAAGGCCACUGAGAGCAACGAUGCAGCUACCGACUUGCCCGCAGCGAGUCCUCAGUCGCUGAUGUCGUCUGUAUCGGACCAGCUGGCUCUUCCCCAGCCGUCGGUUGAGCGGACGCCAAUGUCCAAUCCACAACCUGUCGUCGACAUACCCAUUGAGCCUCAAUUCCUCGCGCCCAUGACACCAGUCAACACAGCUCAGACCGGCAACAGAAACGCGCCUGACAGCCACAGCAAAGCCAAGGAGUUGUCAAAGUCUCACCAGAAUCUUUACUUCUGA